UUCGAACACUUCCCAACACACAUUUUGACAUAACCUCAUUUUCGCUGUGUAUUUAAGGUGGUUUGUUCUGUGAUUUAAGUGUUAAAUUAAACUACGGGGUUUUUUAUAAACAAUGUCGUUUAAAAUAGUGAAAACUAUAGAAAACAUUACAGUGCGUCUGUCCAUUGUCCCAAAUAACUGGGAACAAGACGGUAUUUUGUUUUGGCCACCAAAACACGCGAAACAUUACGAAAAACUAAUAAGGGAUGCCAGCUCUACACCAAACAUAGACUGGGUAAGGAUGCAUUGCACAGUAAAAGAAAAAAAUUUGGAGAGCUAUAUGACUGCCAAAAAGCUAUGUACACUUUAUACAAAUUUAUCAGAUACUGAUGCAGAGGUUGAAUACUUUGAAAGAAACAAAAAGAUACAUGAACAAACAAGAGAAAAAAAACGUUUUUGCAAAAAUGCUUGCAAUGAACAGCUAAUGAAUUUUAAUUAUAAUUCUGAAUUUGAGAUGGUUCAAAAUGAGCAAGAUGAAAUAGUAUUACAAAAUGAAACAAUCGUGACUGAUACUUCUACAGGAAAUUUAACACUGACCAAUAAUAAUAAUAACGUUUAUUUAGAAAAUAAUGAAAUUAUUUUGGUGGAUGUUCCAUCGAUGGAUGAUGAUGACCCAUUAUUUCCUCAAAGUGAAAAUAUUGAAGUGGAUAUGAAUAGUAAUUCUCCGCUAUUUUUAAAACUUGAUGAGAUGGACAGUAAGAUUGAUGCAUUAGGUGUAAAAUUAGAUUAUUUUAUUAAAAGUAAUGCUGAAGUAAAAACUCUAUUGCAAGAGGUUCUUCGAAGGACUAAUAAUGAAAGAGAGAUUGCUGUAAAUGACGUAAAAGCAGCAAACGAGGAGGGCAUUAUUUCAGAAUUUAAUUUUCCACUUGAUGAUACCACAGCAAUUGACGAAUUGGAAAACAAAUUAUCCAAUAAGGAAUUUGAACAAAAAAUGUUUUCUUAUUUUAUUAAUAUUGGAGGAGAGAGUGGAAAUCAAAAUGGGGAAAAAGUAGCUGCAAGAUUAUUAAGUGAGCUAUUUAACAAUUCAGUUCUUUACCAAUAUACAUGGAAGGGAAUUUCCACAGCUAAAACCGAGGGCGGACGACCGACGGCAGUAUUUAUUAAAUACGAAAAAAUAAUAUCCUUUAUCUUCAAAGUUUUGAAAAAAGCUGAUCAAAAAUUCACUAGGCUGGCUACCGAAAAAUACCUGCAGUUUAAAGUUUUCAAAAGAAAUUCCCAAAGGCUUAAAAGAGAAAUAGAAAAGAAACGAAAAAUUGGCGAUGAAAACCCAGAAGUAGAAAACACCGUAAAUGAUGACGGUGCGCAUCAAAAUUUGGAUCCAACUUCAGUUGAAGUCGAAGUUUACAAUAAUUAG